CGGGCCAAACCCGUCUGAUGUCAAACCAGCCUGAACAGAUACUCUCAGACAUCUCGUUUCUUCGCCUCAUUCCUGAGACGGGACUCUGCCCACUCCUUGUGUAAAGCAAUCUGAACCUGAUAGCACAGCAUCCGCGUAUCUCCCCUGAGAAUCUGCGCUGGACUAUUAAGACAGUCGCUCUUAACCUUUUCUUCAGAAGCGCUUUGCCGCUGUGCAGAAUCCCAGCCAGCCAUGACUUUUACGAGCAAACCGUCUGUCCUCCGACUGUCUUGUAAUACAUUUUUAAAGCGAGUUUAACUCGGCGAUUCAACUUUCAGCUGCUGUUUUAUUAAUUUUUUCCUGUCAUCUUUGGAAAUGCUCCGUCCAGACCCAUAAAGAAACAGAGUUUGGUUAAUAUGCACUUAUUGCCAAGCGGAAUAUGUUUUUAUUUAUCUGUAGCAAUCUGCUGGCUCACAGCUGAGAUCGAUGCGUCCUGGUGGUACAUGGGCACCCUGGGCUCCCAGGUGAUGUGCGACAACAUCCCUGGACUGGUGAAUAAGCAGCGCCAGCUGUGCCGCCAGUACCCCAAAAUGAUGCAGGCCAUCGGGGCCGGGAUGAAGGACUGGAUCUCAGAGUGCCAGUACCAGUUCCGCAACCACCGCUGGAACUGCAACACCACAGCCAGGGACCACAAUCUGUUUGGACGUCUGCUGCUACGCAGUAGCCGUGAGGUGGCCUUUGUCUACGCUAUCUCCUCAGCUGGAGUGGUUUACACACUGGCUCAAGCCUGCAGCCAAGGCGAGCUGGAUUCCUGCUCCUGUGAUCCCACCAAGAAGGGCUCAUCACAGGAUGCCAAGGGCUCCUUCAACUGGGGAGGCUGUAGUGACCAUGUGGAGCAUGCCAUACGCUUCAGCCAAGCCUUCGUGGACGCCAAGGAGAGGAAGGAGAGGGAUGCCCGUGCACUCAUGAACCUGCACAACAACAGAGCUGGCAGGAAGGCUGUGAAGCGCUUCAUGACACUGGAGUGUAAAUGUCAUGGUGUCAGUGGGUCAUGUAGCGUCAGGACCUGCUGGUUGGCCAUGGCUGACUUCCGCCGCACAGGUGACCAUCUACGGAAAAGGUACAACGGUGCUGUGCAGGUUGCAGUGAAUCAGUACGGCACUGGCUUUACGGCCGCUCACACACACUUCAAACGUCCCAGCAAGAAUGACCUUGUCUACUUGGAGGACUCACCAGACUACUGCAUACGGGACCACGAGUCAGGGUCGAUGGGGACAGGAGGGCGGGUCUGCAACCGGACAUCCCGAGGUGUAGAUGGCUGUGAAGUGAUGUGCUGUGGCCGUGGCUAUGAUACGUCACGCGUCAGCCGCACAACCAAGUGUGAGUGCAAGUUCCAGUGGUGCUGUGCAGUCCACUGCCGUGACUGCCACCAGCAGGUCGACGUGCACACCUGUAAGGGCCAGACGUGACCUCGCCACUACUAAACAUGACUGACGCCUCAUAUCGGGCAUCCAGAGUCCCCCGUUCCUUCUCAGCUACUUAUCUGACGUCUUGUUGCGACAAUCCAACUGAUAAUCUCGAGUCUGUCUUUAGUUCCCAGCCCUCUGAAGGUCUGUUAGGUUUUUAGACACUUUUUCUUUUCCUCCUCACCAAACACUUUCUUUUUCUUCUUUUGGAUGCUACGUGGAAAGAACUUCCAGACUCGGAGACACUUAAAGCCUGACUGCUGAAUGUCUGUAGCUGUUACUUUCAGAAUGUACCAGUCAAAUCAUGCUUCAGAUUCCUGAUGAACAAACAUGAAAAAAUACUGUUGAGACUAACAGGCUAGUAUUUGAUCUGCCGGCUCCAGUUGUGAUUUUUUGGAGAUGAACUGUUGAUUAAACAGGCCCCAAGGACUGACCAAGUAUACACUGAAAUAUAACUUAAAUUAUGUGUAUUGGCUUUUAUAGUUUUGUUGAAUCAACAUGCAUGGAGGUGUUUGGCCUGCUCCUGUGAAGCCUUUAACACAUAGCAGCUCUCCACACAGUUUAUCAGCUUGUUGUUUAGAUUUGUUCUCGUGGCACCUUACACUUGUCAGCAAACCAUUUACAACAUAAAGUACGAUCAGUGUUCUUUUUCCCUGCAUGCUUUCAGUGUAAACUGUUGUCACGCCAGUCUCAUUCAACACGGUGUUGUUGACAACGUUCCCCAGUUGACACCAAUGUCCUUACUACAUUUCACUGUCAUAUUAGCAUCUUCUCCUUGUCUUUUAAAAAGGCUAGAAUUAAACCAUAAUGUUGAUAACAGACAUAUCUUACUGUAUUUAUGAGGAAAGAGUUUUACAUUUAUGACCUUAUAUUUUUAAGUAUCUACAGGGAUCCUGUAUGAAUGCUCAUUUUCUUGUGGUUGCUCCCUUUAGAAGUCAUAAGAGAAGAUCUGCAUCAUCUCACCCUAGCUCUAUUAUCCUCUUCUGUUACACCAACCUUUUCCAUAUCCUCCUUCACUACAUCCAUUAAUCUUCUCUGUGCUCCAUAGUCAGCAUUCUUCAUUCAGUAUAUCCACCAUCUCUCCUCUGCCCAUGUCCAAACCAUCUCAACCCUGCCUCUCUAACUUUGUCUCCAGAAUGCUCAACCCUUAUAUAAUCAUUUUAAUUCUGUUCAUCCUGGUCACUCACAAUGAAAAUAUUUCAACUCUGCCUCAUUCAGUUUCACCUCCUUCUUUGUUAGUCCCACCAUCUCCAAACCUUCUUGUAAGCCUUCUCUUUCACUCUUGCUGCUAUCCCCGUGUUACAAAACUCCCGACACUUAUCGCCACCCUGCCUGUACUCUUUUCUUUUGCACUGUCUAUUGCUUUGCAUGGUAUUUAAAGCAGCUUCACUGCUAUACCAGUUCCCCUCUUUUUCACACACUUGGAUUCUGUCUUAGUUCUACUGACUUUCAUCCCUCUUCUCUCCAGAGCAUACCUCCACCUGUUCCCUACUUUCACUACAGAUCAGUGUCAUCUGUCAAUCUCUCCAUCACCACUGAAAACACUCUUACAGUCCUCAUACGUCCUUCACCAGCUUCACAUAAUCCCCUGAUACUCCAGACUUCCUCGUGCAGUACCGCAGUGCCUCUCUUGGCCCCUUAUAUCCUUCUCUAGGUCCACAAAGACGCAGUGCUACUCCCUUUGACCUUCUCUAUACUUCUGUCAACACUCUCAAAGCAAACAUAUUUGUAGUGCUCUCUCUCAGCAGAAGCGAUAAUGCUGCUCACUCAUCAUUACCUCUCUUCUUAACUUAGCUUUAACAACUCUUUCCCAUCGCUUUGAGAUAUAAUUCAUCAGCUUUAUCCCUCUGUGUUACGGCUCUGCACAUCAGCCUUGUUCUGGAAAAUCACUAUAAGUAAUUGAUCAUUAAGAUAGUCUAAGAGGUACUGUAGUCACCAUCUUGUUAAAAUAAAUGCUUGAAAAACCUAUUAAAAUAUCUAGAACUUUCAGUAAAAAAAUAACAUCAGAAAUGCUUUUUCUUGUAGUUAAAAUGAGCAUUCUGUCGUCGUUUCUUAGAACUGUGUUGAUAACUAGGACCUCUGUUUACAUUUCACUGUUACUGUGCCUGCUACCACUAUUGGAUUAAGGAGGAGCAAUGUUCGAGUAUUCGAGUAGGACUCGGUGGAAUCAAACAGCUCGUAAAUGACUGUGUCCACUUUUAAACAUCCUCAGUGACAAACAGGAGGGACGGUGGCCUGAGCAGUCAUUACACACAGAGGAAUACAAGUAAAGCAAACCAGCAGCCGUUCUCACCAGUUGCUUCAUUAGAUGUAAUACAUGUCCUGUCUGCAAAUUGCACAUCAGCUGUGUAAGAUUAAAAUAUAACCCUUACAACUGAACUCUAUAGAAUAAAUGACUUAAACUCACACUGUGUCUAGAUUUAAAGAGCCUCAUGAACAAAAACACAUGAAUAGUCUCUGAUUUCUCUGACUAGUGUUCUGUUAACUGGACAAACUUCUCAAGCAGCUUGUUUAGCUGGAUUAAUGCAGCCUGGUGAUGAGGUCUGUGUCAGAGUUCAUCAUUAAGAUGCAUUGCUUUGGCACCUUGUUGAAGCCGGUACACAUCCAGACAUGCUCGAACAUUGCUCAGGUCAUUUCUGUGGGAAGAAAAUCACGGUGGAGACAAUCUGCAUAACUAAUUACAUCACCAACUUUAUGGGACCAGCAAGUCCUUGAAUGGUGGAAAUAUGCAGAACCAGUUCAGGACUGGGCACUGGGUUAGUGGGAAAGGACCUGAGUUGUUGACUUGUAUUCAGAGCUACAUCUUGGAUUUCCAAGUCAGACAGCACAUGCAAGCUUGGUUAGCAAGCAGUUACUAUUAAACAUAUCAGUCACCAUACCUGAAACACAAACUUUUUGCAGCCACAACCACUGUCUGAUACUUCCAUCAAAAUGCUUCAACAGUCACCAACAGUGAGUGGACAUGAGGCCCGCCUGACAAAUGGAAGCAGGCUUGCACAACACCUUAAGCUUUGCAGUCCAAGUGUAUCCUACAACUUUUAUAAACUAUAGAGAAAUAAAAGUGUUUGCACUUGUUGUUUGUUGUUCCAGGCUGUGAAUGUGUCUUCUAAUGCUGUUUACCAUCAAAGUCGAUGACGACGGACUUGCAGUAGGCGACAGCCUGAAAUGGAGCUUGCUGCUUGUAUGACCUCAGUACUCAGCAGUUGCAGGAACAACUUUUCCUCUGUGGAGUGAGCUGUUAGUUUGAGGAUGAAAGCUCCAAA